AUGUUAGAAACGAACCUUCGCGUGCUACAGUUGAAUGUUAUGAAAUCGGGGCCGGGAAUGGAAGCUCUCAUCAACGACCACCAAAGCCAGAACCUGGAUGUCCUUUUGAUCCAGGAACCAUCUAUCACUAGCUAUCGAACACACGUCAACCACAGCGCUUGGCGACUAUAUCGGCCAACCGUUGAGUCCGACGAAGUUCGACCCCGCAGCCUAACCUAUGUAAACCGAAAACUCUCAACUUCUUCACACCGGCAGAUUCGGUGCAACCACCCAGACAUCACCGCCAUCAAGAUCUGGACUGCCGACUCCCAGAUUCUCCUUUUUUCUGUUUAUAUCGCUUGUGUCCCGCUACACAAUCCGGGUGAAGCGUCGGCAGAACCUGCACUCAUGGCGAUCCAAGAUACAAUUUCAGCCGCUCGACAGGACGACCAGAGAUCGACAAGCGUCAUCCUGGCGGGAGAUUUCAACCGUCAUCACCCAAUGUGGGGCGGCAACCACAUUCAACCAAGGUUUAUUGAAGAUGCAAGUGAACUUAUCACCUUUUUCCAAGACCACAAUCUACACACAUGCCUACCCCGGGGUACAGCAACCUUCUGGCCCCUUAACGACCCAGGGAAAAGCACCACCAUUGAUCAGACGGUGUCAGACCGCCCGGACCUGCUCGUUAAAUGUCACCUCUACCACGAAAACUAUGGAUCGGACCAUCGAGCAACAUACUCGGAGUGGAGCCUCAAGCCCCACCACAAACCCACAACAAAAACGAGGAAAGCAUACGAACGAGCAAAUUGGGACAAGAUUGGGGCUGAAAUUCUCCUGCGGAUGGGCCCAUGGGAUGAGAUCAAAACAAGACCAGCUCUAGACGAGGCAGUAGAAAGGCUCACGGAAAUAACGACGUCGGCCGUGGAAAACCACACUCCAAAUCGACGACCAAGCCCCUACUCCAAACGCUGGUUCACCCCAAACCUGAAAGCCCAACAAACUGAAGUCAACUCCAUCCGUCGGAAAUGGCAAGAGAGCUGCGCGGAGCACGGACGCCAUCACACACGGUCGGAGGACCUCUUUGAAGAGAUGCAAGAAAAGCGCCGAACCUGGACACGCACCAUUGAAAAGGCCAAAAGGUCCUACUGGAAACAGUUCCUAGACGGAGCUGGGGAGGGAAAACUGUGGAAGGCUGCCACCUACAUGAAACCGCGAGAGAGCUGGGGACACGUCCCUUCCUUGCAGGUCGAUUCCAACGAGCUGGCCGAGAAUGAGGACAAGGCCCAAGCGUUUCUUGACACCUUCUUCCCCAAGAUGAACGAUCCCGUCGAAGACCCACCAGUCCAAGCGCCUCCGGAGCUACCGUGGCCACCGAUCACCGAACUAGAAAUCCAGCGAGCCCUCAAAGCGACGAAAGGCUCCACAGCACCAGGCGAGGACGGCCUACCAGCCCUCGUAUGGAAGCACCUGUGGCAGUCUCUGAAGCAGCUCAUCACCAGGAUUUUCACGGCAUCAGUCAAGCUAGGACACCAUCCUAGGCGAUGGCGGGGAGCAAAGAUUGUGGUGUUGCGGAAACCAGGGAAGCCGGACUACUCGAUCCCUGGGGCCUAUCGCCCGAUCUCACUCCUCAACACACUCGGGAAACUUCUUGAGACAGUCAUAGCUCGACGACUGUCGUACCUCGCUGAGAAGCACGGCCUGCUACCCGAUACACAAUUCGGUGGGCGACCGGGCAGGACCACCGAACAAGCCCUGCUGGUCCUUGCUAACGCUAUUGACCAAGCUUGGUAUAAAUGCAAAGUAGUGACGCUUAUCGCGUUCGAUCUGAAAGGAGCCUUCAACGGAGUCAACAAAAUCAGCCUCGACGCCCGGCUCCGCGCGAAGGGAAUCCCAGCCGUCGCUAGGAAGUGGAUUGCGAGUUUUAUGAGCGACCGGUUCGCCAGCAUCGGCUUCGACGACUUCCGGACCGAGGUCGCGCCGCUGAUCAAUGCUGGCCUCGCGCAAGGCUCUCCCCUGUCACCGAUUUUGUUUAUAUUCUUCAACUCCGAUCUGGCCGACCAGCCGGUCACCUCUCAAGGGGGCGCAUCAGCCUUCAUCGAUGACUACUUCCGCUGGCGAGUGGGCCGCUCGGCCGAAGAGAAUUUGGCCAAGAUCCAGUCCGAGGAUAUCCCCCGCAUCGAGGCAUGGGCCCGACGGACCGGGUCCUCCUUUGCAGCCGAAAAGACCGAGCUCAUCCAUCUCACCAGGAGAAGAAGCGAGCACUUACAGGGGCAAGUGGUCAUGAACGGGAACACAAUUGAACCAUCAGCCAAAGCCAAGUUACUGGGGGUGAUCUUCGACCACGAGCUGCGAUGGAAGGAGCACAUCCAGCAAGCUAUCAAGCGGGCCACAAAGACGGCUAUCGCUCUGGCUGGGCUACGACACCUACGCCCGGAACAGAUGCGUCAGAUCUAUCAGGCGUGCGUCGCACCAGUGGUAGACUACGCAUCAACCGUCUGGCACGAUCCUCUACGCGAUAAAACCCACCUACGUCACCUAACCACUGUACAGAGAGUUCCUCUGAUCCGUAUCCUAUCGGCCUUCAGGACGGUGGCAACUUCCACACUAGAGGUAGAAGCACAUGUCCUUCCGACACACCUCCGCCUUCGCCACCGAGCCCAGCGGACCAUCGCAAAGCUCCACACCCUACCACGCAGUCACCCUAUCUGGAACGCAUUAUCACGAGCUCUGAGACGGAGGAACAAUAUCGGAACAUCAUCCCGUUUCCCUCUGGCGGAAGCAUUGAAGACGAUGAACCUAGAAAGACUGGACGAACUAGAAGCGAUCGACCCAAGCCCGCUGCCACCGUGGCGAGCCGAACCCUUCACAGACAUCGAAAUUGGAUCAGACCGAGAAACAGCCGUAGAGCGAGCCGAAGCUGCACGGUCCGAAUCGGACAUUGUUGUCUAUUCAGAUGCCUCUGGACGCGAGAGCCACCUGGGUGCGGCUGUCGUCGCACUAGACAACGACCUGCAGGUCGUCGAAUCCAAACAAAUCCAAGUGGGACCAAUGGAUCGGUGGUCGGUGCACGUUGCGGAGCUCAUUGGCAUCUUCUACGCGAUUAGCAUGGUUUUCAUGCUCGCCCAUCAGAGUUUAGCCAACAGACAAAAAACAGCGACGAUCCUAUGCGACAGUCGAUCAGCGUUGCAGGCAACUCAGAACCCAAGAAGCAGAUCCGGACAGCGGAUCAUUCACGCGAUCCUCCAAGCUGCCACCGAGGCCCAGGCAGCAGGCAUCACGCUCCGUCUUCAAUGGGUGCCAGGACAUUGUGAUAACCCAGGAAACGAUGCCGCAGACCGACUGGCCAAGGUCGCCGCGUGCCCAGGCAAAACCCACCCCUUUCGUCCGCUACUCUCGAGGGAAAGUGCGCGCAUCCGGAGUAAAAUCCUUGAUCACUGGGAACAGGAAUGGAGGUCGUCUAACAAAGGCGGCCAUCUACGGAAGAUUGACAACACCCUGCCAGCAAACUACACGCGAAGGCUGUACGGGAAUCUACCGAGGAACCGAGCGUACCUGUUGACCCAGCUACGCACGGGCCACAAUUGGUUAUCCACCUACGCUAAGACCUUUAGAUUCCGCGACAACGAUAAGUGUGUGUGCGGCGCGCAAGAAACAGUCACCCACGUGCUGGUGGACUGUCCGGACUUAAGGGUUAUUCGAAGUAAGCUACGGAGGGAAGUGGGAGACGCAUUUGUCAGUAUCUCGAGUCUGCUGGGAGGCUCAACCGACGGUAAGAAAGGUAAACCAGACACCGUCACACGGUCUAGGACAGUUCAGGCUGUACUGGACUUCGCUGAGGCGUCACAACGGUUUUGGAGUCGUGCGCCACGAGGGCAGCCUAACAAUGGGAACGGCAACUAG